AUGUAUAACUUCUUCGCCGGCGCCAAUGCGCCUUCGAUUGCACCGCAGAAGCAGCCGCCAGCCGAGCCAUCACUGACACUCUCUGUCCCCCAUCACCACGUAGCCGCAAGCUCCCUCCUUGAUGGCAUGACGACACAAAACGCAUCCCUGUGGCUUCUCAACGCCGCACAGUACUAUCCGCUCUCGUACGCACACAACAGUGGUGGCGGCGGCAACUUAGCAGGAGCAGAACAGGAGAAAUGGACGACUGCUUCUCAUUUUUACAGCACCUUUUCGACCCCUGCUGCCCCGCCCUCCAGUAGCGGUGUGCAAGGCCUUCGCGGCAUCAGUCAGCAACCAGCGCAGCAGCCGCACCAGCACUUAUGCACCUCUAUCCUGCAAUCACACGAACACGUGGGAAACAGCGCCACACGCGCUCCGGGUAUGUCAUCGACUUGCGUCACGCUCAGGGGGGAGCCCCUUCGCAUGCAACGCGACGGCGCCCCCUACUCGUCCUUCACGUCGACUAAUGUGAGCACAGCUUCGCAGCAGCCUGAAGCCAUGCACAGUAACCAACAGUACUACGACAGCACGAGCCAUCACAGAUGUCACAGCACAUCCAGUGCGAGUAGUAUACGGCACACUCUGCAGGUGUCUGCGUUGCCGCCGCAGCAGCAGCAGCACCAACAGCAGCGACUCCCGAUCUCCAGCAGUGUGUGGGCCACUACCACCCCUGCCACUGCUGUGCCAGCCUCGCUCUUUGCGUCCUCCUCCAUCCGAUCCUCGACAGACACCACCUCCCCUGGGUACUCUUGUGAUUUGAGUGGCAAUGCCCUGUCGACGCUGCCGACUGCCGUCCCAGCGCCAUAUGUAACUGGAGCGGCGUUGCCCAUGUCUAGCCAGCCACAGACAACCUACUCGGCCAUGCCGCAACCUCCGCAAAAUGGACAGUCUUGUUCACCUACCGCACGCCCUACCAUGCACUCGAUCAUGAUCGUCCACCCAACUCUGAACAGGGGCGCAGCGGCAAUUUUACAUGCAUCCACAGACGCGUUGAACACGCCGCUCCAUUGCUUGACGGACGUCAAAGUAUCUGAAAUUUCCGGCUCGACGCAUUACCUGGAAGCCGUGCAAGGCGGCGGCAGCGUUGGCGACAACUCGAAGCAGUCCUACUCGUCAUCGAUCCCCAUGGCGUCGCGGCUGCCACAGCCGUCACUUCAGCAGUACUACCUGCAGCCUACUCCACAGCAGCAGCUGAUCGCUGAGCAGCCGCAAGUGUACUCCAGCCCCCCCACACACGACGGGAACAUCAGCCAUUGUGUCAACCACACCACGGCGGCUGGAGCAAUCAUCCAGCCACCGUCUUCGAUGCUGAGCAGUGUCGCGUCCUUGACCUCGCUCAACUCGCGUGCCGCCGGUGCUGGGCGAAGCGGAGCAUGGCAACAGCCAUCCACCGCGGAUAUGGGCAGCUACAAAGAUCAGGGCGGUAAGCGCCAGCUCCAGCAACAACACCAGCAACUCCGCCCGGUUACCGACACGCGUGGAAUUGCGCGCCGCAACCGCGACAGGGCUGUUCUCUUCGUAGGGCAGCUCAACUAUGAGGCGACGGAGGCGGACGUGUCGCAGGUGUUCUCUUGCUACGGCAAGCCCCUGAGUGUGUUGGUGCUGAAAGACAAGGGCAAGGCUGCAAAAAAGGGUGGCGCUGGCGGUGUCAGCGGCGGCAGUGCAGCAACGCACCGAAAAGUCGGUGGCUCGGCAUUUGUCACAUACAGGACCACGCUGGAGGCCGACACAGCCAUCAUGGCACUUCACGGUCGGUACAAUGCUAAGGACGAUGACUCCGAGAACGUCGACAAUUCCAAGUGUCUGCAGGUGAGUUAUGGCCAGCAAACGGGGCUGAUCUCGACAUUUGGAAUGAUACACGCCGAGAAGCUGCACGCCUCAAAGCCGGAGAACCCGAUUCCGUUUUUGGUGAAGGACCGCAAAAACGGAAAGCUGUGA